AUGUCAGGAAUUCUCUCAUGUAAAGGUUGUCAGCGGAACUUCUGUCAAGGUCACAUGAGUGAACAUCGACAAGAAUUAGAAGAUGACUUUCAAGGUGUAUUAAGUGAUCGGGAUUCACUCUAUCAACAAAUAUAUUCCGAAACUUCUUCCACUGAUCCCCAAGCAUUUGAUUAUAUCACAAAAUGGGAAAGAAAAACUAUCGAGAAGAUAAACAUGAUUGCUGAUCAAGCUCGACGACAAGUGCAAGAUCUGCUCGAUGAGAAGAGACUUAAAGUAAAAGAGAAAUAUGAUCAAUUGUCAGCUGAACUUCGCCAAAGAAAAGAAUCUAGUCACUUUUUCGAACAGGACAUUGAAAGAUUAAGUAAAACACUUGAGCAAGUCAAACAUGAUUACGAACAUAAGGACAAAACGGCUAUAGUAACGGUAGAAGCUCAAACCAUCGAUUUUGAUAAUAUUUUACGCAUAACGCCGAACGCGAAAACCAAUGUCCAUCAAAAUCAGUUGUUUGUAGGUGGAACACUAUUAGCUGACAAACAACACCAAUCCAAACUGAAUGAAUUUUACGGAAAACCACAUCAACAAUGGGAGUUGAUUUACAAAGCUACAAGAGACGGCUUUCUUGCCAGCAAUUUUCAUCGUCAAUGUGAUGGCAAGGCCAAAACGAUGGUAGUCAUCCAAUCCAAAAACGGCGGUUAUCUGUUUAGUGGCUACACAGCUGCCCCCUGGAGUUCAGAUCAAAGCUUUCAAACAGACCAAACAGCAUUUAUUUUCACUCUGACCAACCCAAACGAUCUUCCAAUAACAAAGUUUAACAUCAGACCAGCAGAAAGCAAAUACGCUGUAUAUCAUGCUCCACAGUACGGACCCAUAUUUGGUGCUUAUCCUGUGACUAAUUCACUUACAACGUCAUCCUUUUACUCACAUGUUCCCAUCUCUACACUCACCUAA